CUAUUUCGAAUUGAACGACAGUGUAGAGCCAAGCAGGUAGGAAAAUCAAGUACGCUUUCUUUCGUGGUAGCCGCAUCUUUUACAGGCCACCAAACACUGAGGAUCUACGUCAAGAACAGCGUUUUUAUUCCGCAAAUUACUGGUGAUCAUGAAGGCCUCCACGAGGCAGUCGGUACACGCAGUGCGAGGGCGACUCCAGGCCUCCACAUUCCUUUUGCUAAUCACCUUCUUCGCCGCGACGCAAGGUGCAGCUGCGUUGUCAAAGCUUCCGAACACGCCAUGCGAGGGCGACUCCAGCCAAUCCGCGCACUUCUGGUGGCCACGUGUCGUCAGAACCAUCCGCGGCCGAAGCGCUCUCGAGACGGCAGGUGCAGGCAGUGACAAUUUCGUGGCGACGGGGGCAUCCGCAGCGCCUCGGAAACUCGGCGCGCAGUUAGCAGCGCCUGGAUCCUCGGGCCCCACUUUCGCCGAAGUUCUUGCUGCCUCUGUUGCCACCCCUGGCAGCGCCGACCCCGCUGGGGCAGUUUCUGCCACCGUGCUCCCUGCUUCUACUGCUGCUGCUUCUGCUGCCGCGCCUGCUGCUACCCAGCCCCCCAAGUCCGAAUCCGCUCCUCCUCCUGCCGCGGCGAAGACUCCUCCUGGGAAAUUGCCCUCUCCUGGCAAGGGGACACCCGCCAGUGGUGCCGCGGGCGGCGCUCCCGCUUCCCUACCUGCACCCGCUAAGCACUUGAGCCCCGAUUCGAAGUCCGCCCCUUCCAUUCCGAAGACCGAUGGCCCCACGCCGAAGCAGACUCAUCCCGCGCCGAAGAUCAACCCCACGUCGAAGGGCAACCCCACGCCGAAGCAGGCCAACCCCACGCCGAAGCAGCCUGCCUCGUUGCCAAAGCUUACGCCUGUUCCCAAACCGAACACACCUGGCCCGAAGCAGACUUCGCCUCAGCCCAAGACAGGUACUCUCCCCUCUAAGCCCGCUGCCCUCCCCCCUAAGCCCCCCGCUUCCCAGCCUGAGCCCGCUUCUCUUCCCCCUAAGCCCGCAGCUUCCGCAAGGCCUCUCGCGACCGUCCGAUCGACCGCUAGCUCGCCGCUGGCAACAACCAAGGCCGUCAACUCGACCGGCAAUUCGACCACUCCGGCAGGAAACAGCACCGUGUCGGCCGGAAACUCUACCACGCCGCCGGCUCAUGCGGUGGGAUCGCGUGAUUGCCAGUACUUGCAGCUGAAGCAGCUUCACACGUGCGCCGUUGGAUAUGCUCGUUCCGCCGGGAUUCGCGGCGGCCAAUGGCCGACUUCCUCGUUGUUUGAAGUUGAAACGGAAGUUGACACGCUGGAGUAUGCGAAGCUUCCGGAGAAGUCGCUCCGGUACGCGCUGAUGUACCUCCCGCAAGGGGCGAUCAUCACGUUUUCGCGAAGCAUGGAGAUCGUGUUACAGGGUAACCUGUUCGUGCGUUCGCGAGUGACGAUCGAUGGGCGCGGCGUGCACGUGCGCAUUACCAACGGCAGCAUCGUCCUCCAGAACGUGAAUGACGUCAUCAUUCAUAAUAUCGAAGUGUCGGGUAACCCGCGCGGCGAUCUGAUUCCGAUCUACAACAGCAGCCGCGUGUGGAUCGACCACUGCCGUCUGCGGGACGCGCUCACGGGCACGGUCGACGUGGCCAAGGGCUCCACUGACGUCACCAUCUCGAAUUGCUACAUCAGCAGCCGCGGGCAGACCAUGCAGCUCGGCCUGUCCGACGCGGAGGAGGCGGACAAGGCCAUGCGGGUGACGGUCUAUCGCAACUGGUUCAACGCAUCGGGCUCCAUGCAGCCGCUCUGCCGCAAGGGAAGCUGCCACGUGGCAAACAACGUCUACUCCGCCUGGUCCUACUACUGCCUCGCCGCCCGCCGCGGCGCGCUCGUCCGGUCAGAGAAGAACUUUUUCCGGCCUGCCCAGGGGUCGGCUCGGCGGGAGGUCACGCCUUGGUAUAGGGGCAUGCCGGCAACAGACGUGUGGUACGACGCUUCAGUCACCAUCGCUUCGUUCCAAGAUUACUUGGCUGGAGGCGCGACGUUUAAUACGACCGCAUACGCCGGCGCCACUCCGAUCUUCACGCCGCCUUACGCGCUGUCGCUGCCGCGGAAUCCACGUCAGAUGGAGGCUAUUUUGAAGGUCAACUGCGGUCCCAAGUACGAUGCCGAGUCAGCACUUCCCCCUGCCUCGUCGGAAUUCCUGCCACCUGCCCCACCGGCCCCAACCCCCACCAAUACCACCAAUACCACCGCUUCUACUACUGCAACUGCGAACACUACUGCCGCUGGUAACAGCACCGUUACGAGUAACACUACCUCGCCUCCGUCGUCGAACGACUGCCAGUAUUCCCCUUCUGGUGCCGGAAUUGGCCUUGGGAAUUGCUCGAUGGGUUUCGCUGCUGCGGGCUUGGUGGGUGGCGCUGCGAAAACCACAUACGUGGUCACUCUAGAGGAGGAUUCGACAUCCGCUACAAGACAGGGCUCGCUGCGGUGGGGCAUCGCGAAUUUCUACAAAACUGGCGCUUAUAUAAAAUUCGCUCGGGAUAUGACGAUUCAGCUGGUGGCGCCGCUGUAUGUGAAAUCGUUCAUGACUCUGGAUGGGCGAGGGGUCAACGUGAAAAUCGUGGGAGACAGCUUGCUUGUGCAACACUCAACGCAAGUCAUCAUCCACAACAUAGAAUUUUCCAGCAGCAGAACAGCCCCGGCUACCAUCUCUCUCUACAACAGCAGUGCCGCUUGGAUCGACCACUGCCGCUUCUCCAACCUCUCAGCGUCUACUCCUGCUAUUGAACUCGCCCGUAACAGCACUGCGGUUACCAUCUCCAACAGCCACUUCCAAGGCACUCUCGGCACGCAAACUCUUGCUGCCACUGCAAGCCCAGCCUCCGGGACAGGCUCGGCACUGCACCUGGGCCAAUCAGACGGCGACGCGAUCAACAGCGGCAUGAAUGUUACAGUCUACAGGAACUGGUUCGAGUCCUUAUCUGCAAUGCAGCCGCUAUGCCGGUUAGGCAAGUGCGAUGUGGCAAAUAAUCUCUACACCAACUGGACUGGGAGUGCUGUAGAAGCCAGGGCAGGCGCCCAGGUGCUGCUACAGAGCAACCUCUUUAUAAGUGGUUCUGACUCGGUACAAGUCGUGGCGAACACCACAUCCAUCCCACCGGGUACAGUAGCAGAAGCAGCGAACUCCACCAACACUAUCAAGAGCACAACUGGGGUAGGGGCAGCUGCUGCGAUGGGUCCUACAGUGAACGCCUCUCUGGUUUUCAGUCCGCCAUACGAGGUGCCUCUAGGGGAUCCGAGCACGCUGCUCUUUACUGUCUUCAUGAAGCUCAAUGCAGGGCCCCACGCCAACUGACCUGCCAGCCGCAUGCCAACCAAGGGUGAAUGCGCCCCAUGCCUGGUAAGGUGCAGCGGCCCAUGGGAGCAAGCAGAGAAGGCAGGGAGCUCAACUGAUGGGCCGACUAACUGAACUCCCUCCUUUCCCUCUGCUCAGAGCCCCUGCAGGGGCUGCAUGGAUUCACUGUGAGUCUGCUGGGUGUAGCUAAGGGCAAAAAAUGUGAUAGCUGCAGCUAUGGAGGCUGCAUGCAGCCAGGGUCGAAACUUUCUGUCAGCUCUUCGAUGACAGUGAAGAUAGUUAGGGCAGUGUAGUGACAAAGAUAUAUGGUAUGAUUAAAUACCCCACAAAUAA